AUGAGAGAGAAUCAUCUCGAUCCGCGGAGCCCAGGGUUCGAUUCCCUGUACCGGAGUUUCCUUUUGCUGUCCUUUUUGCCUUACCAGACACUUGGGGUUUGCAAAAGAGAUGCCUUGCGUUGUAUACUUACCAAGACAAUCACAGCAGUUUCACUGCUGGAUGAAACUAGUCCUGAGCUGCCCGAUGCAUGCUCCUGCAUAUAUUCCAUCGAGUCCUUCCCCUUACUCUUCUGUGGACGAGCAGGAGAGCAAAAAGAACUAACUCCGGUACAGGGAAUCGAACCCUGGGCUCCGCGGUACUGA